AUGGAAGCCGUCAGAAACACCAUUGCAGAGAACUUUGGUGGUGCCGCUCACGCGGUGGCUGGCAAGGACAGUCAAUUCGAUAUCAGCAAAGACGUGCCGGACCUCAGCGGCAAAGUGGCUCUCAUCACCGGAGGCAGCGAAGGGAUUGGAUACGCCACAGCAUACACGCUCCUUAAAGCGAAAGCUGCCAAGGUCUUCAUCAUCUCUGUAUCAGAGGAGACGAUUGAUGGCGCCAUUGAGGAGAUCAAAGAGCAGCUGGGCUCAAAGUAUGCGGAUCGGGUCGUCUGGCUACAAUGCGACACUUCGGACCUAAUUGCGAUUGCUGAAACGGCAAAGAAGGUGCGGGAUCAAACGGAUCGCCUAGACAUUCUGUGCCUCAACUCAGCUCGGGGGAUCAUGACCUACCAACUGACCGAUUACGGGGUCGACCGGCAUAUGGCGGUCAAUCAUAUCGGCCACGUCGUCUUGACAUCGCAUCUCCUUCCGUUGUUGAAGGAAACAAGCUCCAAUGGUACGGUCAGAAUACAGAUCCAGGCCUCCAAUGCACAUCAGGCGGCGAGCAGUGAGACCAAGUUUGCCUCGUUGGACGAACUCAACACCGACCUGGGACCUCAGGAACAGUACGGUCGCUCCAAAUUGGCUGGGAUCUUGUACGCUCGCUACCUCACCACACACUUGAACAAGUCACAUCCUAAUAUCCUCAUUAAUGCCACUCAUCCGGGCUUCGUUGAGACCAAGAUGUCGACCGAAGAUAUCCACGAGCCUUACCCAAUCUUGGGUUAUGCCAUGGACGUGGGCAUGAAACCUCUCAAGAAGGACAUCUGGAUGGGGUGUGUGUCGACUGUAUUUGCCGCCACAGCUGUCACGAAGUCUGGCCUGUACAUUUGCCCACCGGCGGUCGAGGAGCCUGGAAACAAUCUCUCCCAGGACUCGGCAGUAGGAGAGCAAUUGAUGAAAUUGACGAGGGAAAUUGUCAAGGACAAAUUUGGUGCGCAGAGUGUCGAAAAAGGGUGUCCGUUGAAAGAUUACUAG